AUGGACUGCGAGGAGGAGCUGCCUUUCCUAAGGAAACGGGGCCUGGCCACAGAAGCGGCCUCCGCUAGGGCUCUUCGGUGGGAGGAUUCCCGGGGGCGUCGCCUGCUUCCGCCGCCGCCUCCUUCAGUGAAACCCCGGCGCGGCACUGGGGGCGGAUGCCUGGAUGUGGAUUUUGCUGUGGGGCCACCAGGUUGUUCCCACGUGAACAGCUUUAAGCUGGGAGAGAACUGGAGACAGGAACUGAGGGUCAUCUACCAGUGCUUCGUUUGGUGUGGAACCCCAGAGACCAGGAAAAACAAGGCAAAGUCGUGCAUCUGCCAUGUGUGUGGCACCCAUCUGAACAGACUCCACUCUUGCCUUUCCUGUGUCUUCUUUGGCUGCUUCACAGAGAAACACAUUCAUGAGCACUCAGAGACGAAACAACACAACUUAGCUGUAGACCUUUACUAUGGAGGUAUCUACUGCUUUAUGUGUAAGGACUAUGUGUAUGACAAAGACAUUGAGCAAAUUGCCAAAGAAGAGCAAAGAGAAGCCUUGAAAUUACAAGCCUCCACCUCAACAGAGGUUUCUCACCAGCAGUGUGCAGUGCCAGGCCUUGGUGAGAAAUAUCCAACGUGGGAAACCACCAAACCAGAGUUAGAGCUGCUGGGGCAUAACCCACGGAGAAGAAGAAUUGCCUCCAGCUUUACCACUGGCUUAAGAGGACUUAUCAAUCUCGGCAACACGUGUUUCAUGAACUGCAUUGUCCAGGCUCUGACCCACACUCCGAUCCUGAGAGAUUUCUUUCUCUCUGACCGGCACCGAUGUGAAAUGCCCAGUCCUGAAUUGUGUCUGGUCUGUGAGAUGUCUUCACUGUUUCGGGAGCUGUAUUCUGGAAACCCAUCUCCUCAUGUUCCCUAUAAAUUACUGCACCUGGUGUGGAUACAUGCUCGUCAUUUAGCAGGGUACCGGCAGCAGGAUGCCCAUGAAUUCCUCAUCGCAGCGUUAGAUGUCCUGCACAGGCACUGCAAAGGUGAUGAUGUUGGGAAGGCAGCCAACAAUCCCAACCACUGUAACUGCAUCAUAGACCAAAUUUUCACAGGUGGCCUGCAAUCUGAUGUUACCUGUCAAGCUUGCCAUGGCGUCUCCACUACCAUAGACCCAUGCUGGGACAUUAGUUUGGACUUGCCUGGCUCUUGCACCUCUUUCUGGCCCAUGAGUCCAGGGAGGGAGAGCAGUGUGAAUGGAGAAAGCCACAUACCAGGCAUCACCACUCUCACAGACUGCUUGCGGAGGUUUACAAGGCCAGAGCACUUAGGAAGUAGUGCCAAAAUCAAAUGUGGUAGUUGCCAAAGCUACCAGGAAUCUACCAAACAGCUCACAAUGAAUAAAUUACCAGUUGUUGCCUGUUUUCAUUUCAAACGAUUUGAACAUUCAGCCAAACAGAGGCGCAAGAUCACCACCUACAUUUCCUUUCCUCUGGAGCUGGAUAUGACACCGUUUAUGGCCUCAAGUAAAGAAAGAAUGAAUGGACAGUUGCAGCUGCCAACCAAUAGUGGAAACAAUGAGAAUAAGUAUUCCUUGUUUGCUGUGGUUAAUCACCAAGGAACCUUGGAGAGUGGCCACUACACCAGCUUCAUCUGCCACCACAAGGACCAGUGGUUCAAGUGUGAUGAUGCGGUCAUCACCAAGGCCAGUAUUAAGGAUGUACUGGACAGUGAGGGGUAUUUACUAUUCUAUCACAAACAGGUCCUGGAACAUGAGUCAGAAAAGGUGAAAGAAAUGAAUACCCAAGCCUACUGAAGUGACACACAUGUACCUGUAACGGAAGAUGACGACACCUGUACUACAACUGUCAUCGAGAUUUAAAGGACCUACUUGACCUUGGCCCAUGGGCCUGACAGAGUAAGAAUUGAACAAUACCCAGUGUCUUAAAGGUCCUGAGUGGAAGAGAAAUAGAAGGGGAGGGAGAAGAGGCUCUAGUUGAAGCAGUCACUUAAAAGAAAAUUAAAUAGCAGGAAUGGUCUUGGUGGGAAGGCAGAACAGGGAAAUCAUGACACUGGUUCAUAUCCUAUAUUCCUCCAAAAGGUUGUGUGGGAAGAUGUGGGGGGAGGGGGGUGGUGUGGGGGGGUGUGCCCUUGUAACUGUAAAACAUCUUUCUCCAUGGGUGUUUCAACUUCAAUUGACCAAUCACAUAACAGAUAUAUGUUUUGGGGAAAAAGAAAAGUUCAUAAAAAUGUAGCCCAUUACAUACGUGGGUAUGAAAGCAGAGAAGUGGAGGAUGCAGGGAUAAGUCAUUAGCAAACACCUUUGCCAGUUUCUUUGUAUUUGUGAUUUUUGUGCUAUUAAAUGCAGUAUUAAAGAAAAGCCCACAUGGGCUAGUAAAAGAAGAAAUAAGGGGGCUUGUAUAAGGGGAGCAGUUGCUCCAGAAGUAGAGCAGACAAAAAAAUGCUGUAAGAUAAGCAAUCAACACAGACAGGCCUCAGCUGACAGUGUAGUGUGUGAGUGUUUUUUUUUUAAGCUGUAUGAUAUACUUGAGCAAAUCAAUGAACCUCUGCGAUUGUUUUCUCAUCUGUAAAAUGAAGAUAAUUCCUUCCUUAAAGAGUUGUUGUUAAACCUUAAAUGAUAUAAAAU